AUGAUCGUUACCCUUGACCAGCAGCUCCACACCCCCAUGUACUUCUUCCUCGAGAACGUGUCCUUCCUUGAUAUCUGCCUCAUCUCCACCACCGUCUUCAAAUCCAUCACCAACUCUCUGACCAACCACAGAUCCAUCUCUUUCCUAGAGCUAUUCAACCUCACAGCAAUGUCCUACGACCUCUACGUCGCUAUCUGCUGCCCCCUCCGCUACAAGAUUAUCAUGAAUAGAGGGUUCUUCUGUGAUGUCCCCUCUGUAGUCAACCUCUCCUACUCUGAAACAUACGUUGCCCUUGAGGUGAUCAUGUUUAGUGGUUUUUCUUUGGCUGCAAACUUCUUAAUCUGCAUCCUCGUCUCCUACAUCCACAUCUUCUCUGCUGUGUUGAGGAGGCCUUCCACCGAGGGUCGGACCAAAGCCUUUUCCACCUGCCUGCCCCACCUUGCCGUCACUACUGUGUUUUUCACCACGGCAGCCUUCGCCCAUUUGAAAUCAUCAUCAGCUUCCCUCUCAGUGCUGGAACUGAUGGUAUCCGUGUUCUACACUGUGGUUCCCCCGACUCUGAAUCCCUUCAUCUACACCCUGAGAAACAGGGACAUGAAGGCGGCGAUGGGGAGGAUACUUGGUAAAGCUAAAGAAUUAAAGUGA